AAUAAAAACAAUUAAUGUUUCGAUGUAACAAUAGGCAGACACGUAUUGUUGGUGGCCAUAAAUCUAACAAGCUUUAAAACAAUUGUCAGAAAAAGAAUGAAACCAAUCAUGUUCUUUGAUAACACAUCGUUGUUGUAGCUUGUCGAAAGGAAAAUAAUCAGCUUUACACAAAAAGAAUUGUAGCACACAUCUAUUUCACAUAAAAGUAAAAAGAAUAUAAAGUACUUUUUGACCAAAAAAACAGAAUAUGAAGUAGUUCAGAUUCAUCUUACCCGUAUAUCCUCAGCUUCUCUGCAUUAAAAAAAAAAUGGAGUUCUUGAGCUUUUGGCUUUCUCUCUUUAUUCUGUUGAAUCUUACUCUCGCUCAUCUAACCAAUCACGAAGACUUCCUCAGCUGUCUCUCUCGCCGGAUAAACGACUUCACCGUCGAACCUAGAGUCAUACACACAUCUGAAGACUCUUCCUUCUACUCAAUCUUGAAUUCUUCCAUACAAAAUCCAAGACUCUCGGUUCUCGAAACACCUAAACCGGUCUCAAUCAUCACUCCGGUUCAAGCCACCGACGUUCAAUCAACGAUUAAAUGUGCACGGCUUCACGAUAUCCACGUCAGGACUCGGAGUGGUGGUCAUGACUACGAGGGAUUCUCGUACAUCGCCAGAACCAGACCGUUCGUUGUCAUCGAUAUGAGAAAUCUCCGGUCUAUUAAACUAGAUGCUGAUAACCGGACCGGUUGGGUUCAAACCGGAGCUACAAUUGGUGAAUUGUACUACGAGAUCGGGAAAUUAAGCAAAUCACUGGCCUUUCCGGCAGGUCUUUUCCCAACCGUCGGCGUAGGAGGGCAAUUCGGAGGUGGAGGGUACGGCACACUGAUGAGAAAAUACGGUUUAUCGGCUGAUAACGUGAUUGACGCGCAUAUCGUCGAUUCGAGUGGGAGGUUUCUUGACAGACAAGGCAUGGGUGAGGAUUUCUUCUGGGCUAUCCGUGGAGGUGGCGGGUCGAGUUUCUGCGUUGUCUUAUCUUGGAAGAUUAGAUUGGUCGACGUUCCGACAGUAGUAACGGUCUUCGACGUCACGAAAACGUCCCAGAAGGAGGCUGUCCGAACAAUCAACAACUGGCAGUAUGUUGCGGAUAAGGUUCCUGAUGAUCUUUUCAUUAGAGCCAUGCUGCAGAGAUCUAACGAAACAGCGGUUUACGCUUCGUUCCCGGGGCUUUAUCUUGGUCCGGUGAGCGAUCUUUUGGGGUUGAUGGAAGAGAAGUUUCCGGAGCUAGGUCUUGAGAUAGGAGACUGUAGAGAGAUGAGUUGGAUUGAGUCAGUUUUAUGGUUUAUCAAAGGAGAAUCAGUGAAUAUUCUCACGGAACGUAAGCGUACGUCUAGGUCUUUCAAGGGUAAAGAUGAUUUUAUCCAAAAACCGAUACCUAAAACCGCUAUUCGAGAGCUUUGGAAGCGAGUCUACGCGCCAGAGGCUAGGCUAGCGAAGAUCAUACUCACUCCAUUUGGUGGGAGAAUGAGUGAGAUUGCGGAAAAUGAAAUACCAUUCCCACAUAGAGGAGGGAAUAUCUAUGAGAUUCAGUACUUGGCUUAUUGGAAAGAAGAAGAAGACAAGAACAAGAGUGAUACAGAGAAAUAUAUGAGAUGGGUUGAGAGUUUAUAUGAGUUUAUGACUCCUUAUGUUUCAAAAUCACCAAGAGGAGCUUAUGUUAAUUUUAGAGAUGUUGAUUUGGGGUUGUAUAAUCAAGGUAUGAAUAUGAAGACCAAGUAUGAAGAAGGGAAUAUUUGGGGAGUGAAGUAUUUCAAGAACAAUUUCGAUAGAUUGGUGCGAGUGAAAACGAGUGUUGAUCCAAUGGAUUUCUUUUGUGAUGAACAGAGCAUUCCAGUUCUGAAAUCUGUUGAUGUUAUUUAAAUAAAUAUAGAUUUAUUUCCUUGGAAAGUUUUGUU